ACGAGUCACAGAGAACAAAAUGGGUAAAAGCAAGUUUAAUGCGAUCUGGCUUGAUGAUGUGAGGUAUAGCGGGUUAGCGGGUGCAAGCAAUGAAUUUGAGGCGACUUGCAAGAUGUGCCGAAAAACUUUUAAACUCGGGACAAUGGGAAUUAAAGUGGUGGAGUCCCAUAUGAAAUCGGAAAAGCACAGACGCUACGCCGGGAUUCGAAAAAGCACAGUGCCGAUGGAGUCAUACAUAUCUGCCCCUACAAGUAUAUCAACUCCUCCCGCUGGAUCACAGACUGGUAAUGUUGGACCCAAUCAAGAUGUGCAGCCGAGUGUUUCAUCGUGUUUUUCACCGGCUGGCAUUCUGAGGGCUGAAGUGUUGUGGGUUCUGCAUACUGUAAGUCGUCACCUUUCAUAUAAGUCAAACGAUAACAUCCACACACCUUUCAAGGAAAUGUUUCCCGGUUCGGAGCACGUACAGACAUUCACAUGUGGCAGAGAUAAAACUGCAUACAUAGCCAGGUUUGAUAUUGCAUCGUUUGUUAAAAGACAACUGAUAACAAAAGUUAAUGAAGACUCAUUUGUCGUUCUGUUUGACGAAAGCAUGAACAAAACUACAAAAAACAAACAACUAGACAUCCACGUCAGAAACUGGACAACAGAUGAAACGGGAACGUACAUUUGCACUCGCUACUGUGGUUCUGAGUUCCUGGGCCAUUCCACCGCUGAGGAUUUAUUGGACAAAUUCAAGAAUGGUAUUAAAGAUCUCUGCCUCAGCAAGAUGCUUUCUGUGUCCAUGUAUGGACCAAAUGUUAAUUGGAAGUUUAUGCAGCUCCUCCAGCAAGAAUACAGUGAACAGUUUGGUGGAGCACAGAUUCAGAUUGUGGGAAGCUGUGGUCUUCACAUCAUGCACAACUCCAUCAAGAGUGGUUUUGGAGUGUGGCAAGUAGAUAAGCUUCUUAAAGCACUGCACUUCCUUUUCCACUGUGCCCCUGCAAGGCAUCAGGACUUCACUUUAGUGACACAGUCCACAAAAUUUCCUCUGCCUUUCUGUGGACAUCGCUGGCUGGAAAAUUUGCCAGCAGUGGAAAGGGCUAUUGAAAUUUGGCCAUCACUUGUUACUUAUGUGGACCAGGUGAAAAUGAAAAAACUCCCCAACACAGGAUCUUCUUCAUAUGACACUGUAGCAGAGGCUCGAAUUGAUCCCCUUACCAUACCAAAACUGCACUUUUUUAUGUCCAUCUCCAAAAACUUUCAACCGUUUCUCACGAAGUAUCAAACUGAUGUUCCUAUGAUCCCCUUCCUGAGCAAAGACUUGGAAGAUCUUGUCAGGAGCAUUCUACGACAUUUCAUCCAGCGGGACGUCCUUUCUGUUGCCGUGUCAAAGCUUGUUAAGCUUGAUGUGAUGAAUAAGAGCCUUUGGGUCAGCCCAAAAAUGGUGGAUAUUGGAAUGGGAGCCACAGCUGCCCUCAGGGGGACAUCAGGUAGUCAGAGCAGAAUAGGCGAGCUUAGUCAGCUGCAGGCAAGACUGUGGGGUUGCUCUUGCAAACAUCUUCAAGAAGAUUCUGGAUAAAUGUCCAUUGAAGUACCAGCUGGUUCGAAACCUGACAUGUCUGGACCCAAGUAGAAUGUACUCUGAGCCAGAUGUGUGCUUGCAGAAAAUGAAGGGCCUCAUCCAGAAGUUUGUACAAGAUAACAGUUGUCAAGUGUAACAACUGGUAAAUUUAGCAAUACACUUAGGAUUGAAAAAACAUGCUUGGCAUUUUAAAGUAUAGUUUAUUUAUUAUAGGCUUGAUUGUAUGAGCAUAAAGAAAAUAGUAUUUAAAAUAGCAAAUGCAGGUAACGUCACUGACUUAAAGGCAAAGCAGGAUUUGUAAGCCAACAUUCAAACUGCCCCUUCAUCAUUUGUUUAUUACACCUUGCAUCUGGUCUUUUAGAGUCCUGUUCUCACCUCUUAUGUCCUUUUUUGACAAGGGGAGUGACACAUAUAAAAUAUAAAACAUUCAGAAAACAUCUAAAACUCAGAAAAAAUAAAAUACAGGCAGAGGGUAUGGUUUCUCAUCAUAUACAGUAGAUGCCACCACAUGACUAGAAUGUAUUAGUAUAAGGGAUGAUAUAUAUGCAACUGCAAAUAUUGAAUUUCCUUUUUUAAUUACAGGUGAUGUGAUUGCACAGCAGUUUGAGACAUUCAUCUAUAAUGAGGCCAGAGCAGCAAACUUCAAGGACUUCAGUCCCACAGAACCAAAUUCCAGGGUCGACAUGUUUUUGCAUCAGCACAUGAGCACCUCAUCCUCUGAGCUUUGGGGUUUUGUGAAAAAGCUCCUGAUGCUGUCCCAUGGUCAAGCAACAGUAGAGCGUGGGUUCUCGGCAGUGAUGCCGGUAACGCGUUACUUAGUAACGCGUUACUCUAAUUUUACCACUUUUUUUAGUAACGAGUAAUCUAACGCGUUAAUAUUUCCAAACCAGUAAUCAGAUUAAAGUUACUUAUCCAAGUCACUGUGCGUUACU